AUGUAUGCCAUGAUCCGUGUGAUUGAAUGUGGUUCUUUAAAAAUGCCACCAAGAGAAGAAUUUCCAUCGGGUAGAAAAGAAGGUGCUCCAAGUGAUGAUAUUGGUUGGCAUUUUGCAGACCCAGUACCUAGUAAAGGUAGAAACUGUGUUGCUUGUAAACUAUGUGGCAAAGUGAUUUCCAGUGGAAUUACACGAUUAAAAGAACAUAUUGCACAUGUGCCAGGAGAAGUUAAGGGUUGUGCAAGGGUGGACAGUUUUGUGAGAGAGAGUGGAGGCAUGUCAAGUGUAGGUGGUAAAGGAGCUCCCCGUCAACGUCAAGAAAGUGAUCUUGAACAUAGAUUGAGGUCAGUAGAUGUUGAUUUGACUAGGAGUAAAAGUAUGAAGCAGCCAAAAAUUAAAGGAGGAGAAGUAUUGAAAACAUUGAGAAAAAAAUUAGGGGAAGCAGUGUCUAAGUUGAUAAUAUAUGAGCGUCUUCCUAUGAACCUCUCCAAUUCUCCAUGGCUACACAAUUUGUUGACGGCGGGAGCUGACUUAGGACCAGGUAUUAAAUACCCUACUCCUUAUGAGAUUUCUUCGGUGUAUUUGGAAAAUGAAUUUAAAUGCAUGAAAUCAUGGAUAAAUGAAUUGAAACCAACAUGGAAGGAAAGAGGGGUAACUAUCAUGUGUGAUGGCUGGACAAAUGGUAUAAAUCACAUGCAUAUCAUGAACUUUUUAGUGUAUUGUAGCAAGGGCACUGUGUUCUUAAAGUCUAUUGAUGCCUCUAGCGUUGCUAGUAGAAACACCGAAUAUUACUUUAGUCUACUUGACAAAGUUGUGGAAGAGGUAGGGGAAGAAAAUGUUGUUCAAGUAGUCACUGAUAAUGAGAAAGCGUUAAAAGCCGCUGGUUUGAAAUUGAUGGAAAAAAGACCUCAUCUUUUUUGGUCCGCAUGUGCAGCUCAUUGCUUAGAUUUGUGCUUGGAAGACAUUGGUAAAAAGUCAAAUGUUCAAAAAGUCCUUGAUGAUGCAAAGAAGGUUACUUUGUUCAUCUAUAACCAUAUUUGGACAGUUGAGUCAAUUGUGGCGCAGAAACAAGCUUUGAAAAAUAUGUUUGAUUCCAAUGAAUUUAAUGAUUCUAAGUGGGGAAAGGAGAAAUCAGGGCCUGCAUUUGAAGCCAAACAGAUUGUCAAGAGUGAUAGCUUUUGGAGUAAGGCUGCGGAUAUAAUGAAGGUAUUUGAGCCAAUUGUCAAGGUGCUGAAAUUGGUGGAUGGUGAUGAAAAACCAACUAUGGGCUUUGUUUAUGAAGCAAUUGAUAGAGCUAAACUAGCAAUUGAAAAGAAUUGCCGCUAUCACUCCCAUUAUACUGACAUUGUUGAUAAAAGAUGGCACUUCAUGCAUUCUGAUUUACAUUCAGCAGGUUAUUUUCUCAAUCCCCAAUUUCAAUUUGGCGUUGUGCAUGGAAGUGAUGUAGCUAAGGAAACCAUGGAUGGAACAACAAAAGUGAUAAGCAGAAUAGAACCAAACAUUGAUAACCAAAUAAAAGCUAUCAAUCAGUUGUUACUUUUUCGGGAUAAGCAAGAGGCAUUUGGAACUUUACAAGCUCAAAGAGCUUGGUGUCAAAUGAAUCCUGGUAAAAAUUUAGAUCCUAUUGAUUCAGCUGAAUGGUGGAUGGUAUAUGGAUCUUGUGCUCCUGAGCUUCAAACUAUAGCUAUAAAAGUUCUCAGUCAAACAACUUCAGCUUCAAAUUGUGAGAGAAAUUGGAGUACUUUUAGUUAUAUACAUACAAAGACAAGAAACAGGUUGAAGUAUCAGAGAUUGCAAAAGCUUGUCUUUACAUUUUACAACAUGAAGUUGAAGAUGAGACAUACUAUGAGAAGAAGUCAAGAAGAGAUUGAAAGAAGUUUCAAUCCCAUUAAUCUUGAUUAUGUAUUUCAAGAAGAAGAUCAUUUGGCUCCAUGGCUUGAGGAGAGAGAAGGUCCAUUGUUGGAUGGGAUGCAAAACGAAGAAUGGCUCCCUAUUGAUUCUGAUGAUGAUAAUGAAGAAGCGCAACCUGGAGAGAAAUCUGAUUCAAGUCAACCACCAACUCAAGGCGAUGAAGGUGGUUUAAGUCCACCAAGUGGAAACAGUGGGAGUGGGAGUGAUGCUUCUGAUAGUGUGAUUGGUGGUAGUAGCCGUAGAGGUAGAGCCAAACAUGGGAAAAAUAAAAGAAAUGAAAAUGUUGCAUUGGAUGAUUCUUCCUCAUCUAGUGUAGCACAAUCUUCUACUGAUUUUGGUAUUGCUACUUCAUUUGAUGGUAGUCAAGGCAACUAUCCACCAUACUACCAAGAACCUUCUUACAUGCAUAACAUGCCAAAUGGUUAUGAGCAUGCUCCAUAUAUGCCAAACCCACCAUAUUACCAACCUCCUAUGAAUUACCAAGGUUAUUAUGAUCCAUCAACAGGGUUUUCAUAUGAUCAACAACAACAAAUUGAACAACCAAGAAGUUCUGGAGUGUUUGAUUAUGUAUUUGGAGGAAUGGGAUAUAAUGAUAGUCAAGUUGAUGAUGGAAGUUAUGAUCCCGCACGUCAUUCUACAAUGUGGUGA